AUCUUUGCUCUAUAUCCUUUAUAACAAUCAACUAGAAAAUCAGUUAUAUAUAGACAUCCUCAGCGAAGAUCCUCUCUAACAAUGGUUCCUCCAAACCCCCCGAACCCCCCGCAUAGGCGAACGCAGCCGCAACCACAACCGUUGCCUAGGAAGGGUUUGAACCCUAUCCUAUGCAUCAUUGUCGCUCUCAUCCUCUUAGGACUCCUUGUUGGUCUUGCCAUAUUGAUCACAUACCUCACCCUCAGGCCAAAGCGACUCGUCUACACGGUAGAAGCCGCGUCAGUCCAAGAUUUUGCCAUUGCCAAAGACGAUCACAUUAGCGCCAAAUUCAACUAUGUGAUCAAAUCAUACAACCCGGAGAAACAUGUGUCCGUAAGAUACCAUUCCAUGCACAUCUCCACGGCUCACCAUAACCAGUCCGUGGCUCACAAGGAGAUCUCUGCCUUCAAGCAGCGUCCUAAGAACGAGACGAGGAUUGAGACACAGCUUGUGUCGCACAACGUGGCGCUGUCUAAGUUUAACGCGAAGGACUUGAGGGCUGAACAAUCGAAAGGAGUGAUCGAAAUGGAAGUGUAUAUAUCGGCUAGAGUGAGCUACAAGACGUGGAUUUUUCGGUCCAGGAGACGUACGUUGAAGGCUGUGUGUACGCCGGUAAUGAUCAACGUUACGGCGAGCUCUUUGGAUGGAUUCCAGAGAGUUUUAUGCAAAACUCGUCUUUAGUUUGGAUUUUAAUCAAUUUGAAUUGGUUCCAUUUGUGUGCAUCAUAAUUCAUACGUGUAUCAAAUUUGCUAUGAUUGAUUGUGUGUAUCUGUGUGUGUGUGUGUGUUUUUUUUUUUUCAAUUUCUUCUUUGGUUUUUUAAUUGUUCUUUGUAUGCAUUCAUUCCAU